GCCAGGAACGCGUGCAUCUAGCACGAAGCGGUAAAUACAGCUAGCGGCGCGCGUGCAAACUUUCUAAUAUAUAUACAGCCAGCUGGACGCGUGCGACCUUUCCUUUUUGCGUCGCCAGCCAGACCGCACUUCGCGAUGGCCGCGCCGGGACGGUACCCGCCACCCAAUUUUGGUUUUCCAACUCGAGAGCCCGUGCUUAGCCCGCCGACCUUCCAGUGGGCUCGUGAGCAGCACGCCGACUUCCAAGCGUGGAGAGACUGGACGUGGGUCCGGUCCGCACCAGUAGGCGCGUGCGGCUCCGGCGGCCGCGGGGGUCCGCGCGGUCCGGUUUACGCGCCGCAGGGAUAUUCUGGACCCCAUCAUCACGAGUAUCGAUACGGGAGGAACAGCUAUGGCAACAACCAGUGGGGCAAAAAACAGAAAAAGCGAAAAGAACCAGAGUUCAGCCAUUUUUGUGACACUUGUGAUAGAGGCUUCAAAACCCAAGACGUCUUUGACGAGCAUGUCGCUCAGCACGUACAGUGUUCUGUCAAAGACUGCAGUUUCACUGCACACGAGAAGCUUGUCAAAAUCCACUGGAGAAAUAGUCAUGCUCCAGGAACCAAGCGUAUCAAACUGGACACCCCAGAGGAGAUUGCCAAGUGGAGAGAAGAAAGGAGAAAGAACUACCCAACUUUAAGCAACGUGGAGAAGAAAAUGAAGUUGAUGGAGGUCAAAGAAAAGAGAGGAGAUGUCCUGGAGACCGCCCAGUUCGGUCGGUUUAGGAGCCCCGGCCGAGGAUGUCGUGGGCACUAUCGUGGAGGGGGUUUUCCGGGUCCCAGAGGAGGUGUGUGUGGCGGCCGUCAACGUUUCCAUGCAGGAAGUACAGAGGCGGAGCAGCCUCAGCCUCGCCCACCCCCUCCCCCUGAUGGAGACCCUCUGGGAAUCCUGGCCGACGUUGACCCCGAUUCUGAGAAGGAAGAUUCAGUGAAGAUCAAGUCUGAAGUUUGUGUGGCCCCCAGAAAAUUGACUUCUGCUCUGGGGUCCCUGAUCUCCAGCUAUGCAGAGGAUAUGAGUGUCAGCGAGGACGAGACUGAUGAUACUCCUGUCCUGAAAAGUGCUCUGGCUUUGGAAGAGAACAAGGCACUGCUGGCGUCUUGUUCCAGUCCUGCCCAGAACAGUACACCGAACCCUGACCACAGGCUGGCAGCUCAGAAUUCUCAGGCCUGCUGCCCACCUCCACGUCCUUUGGGUUACCAGGGUAACAGAACAGGCCGUGGAGGCCGGAGGGGUGGCAGGGGUUCCAGGAGUGACCCACAGAGACGCCGUCCCACCCUCCUAGAGAUGCUGUUGGCUCCAGAUGUUCGGCACGAAAGGAACAUGGUGCUUCAGUGUGUCCGCCAUGUCAUCCGGAAUGGAUUCUUCGGCCUCUCUUGUAAAGAUUCUACCAUCGCGAUGCCAGAAAUGAAAGUGUUGACUACAGAUGGUCCCAUGUCAAACACUGCCGUUGGUGAAAAUGAUACAACGGGGGAAAUUAUCACUGACUGUUCAGAUGUGAUGGGAGACCUGGCCAGUCAAGAACAGGAAGGGAACCCCUCCUCUGUGUCGCACGGCAUGUUGCAUCAUAAAGAAUGUGACCUGAAACAUUCAGAGCUCUGCCAGGAGCCUUCAGAAGUUUCCAAAUGCGAUCAGAUGAAUUCCAGUACAGUUUGUGGAGACGUGACUGAUGCCGAGACUGAGUUUAAUCCCAUCAGCGAAAACGUCUCCGGCCAAACGGACUCCACUCCAUUUCCAUCGGAGACAGAUCAGCCAAAGGCACGUCCACUCUCGUUAACUGAUGAUUGUUCCAGCGGCACGACACUGAUUGGAGAUCAGCCUGGCGAGCUUCCAGAGCCAGUGGACUACGAUGAGCCAUGUCAAACGUUGCCAGAUGCAGCUCCACUGGUGUCUACUAGUAGACAUCACGCUUUAACUGAUGAUGAAACCUUUGUUGGUGUAGCUGAUACCAGAGCUGAUGGUGAUGCUGCUCAGAUCUCCCCAGACCAUGCUACAGAGCUCCUCCAGAUAAAUACUCUUACCAAACAGGAUCGAUCCCAGCAAACCUUUGGGAAAGAGUUUUCAGACCAACAACUUACUGUGACUCAUCUUGCUUCUACAACAGAAGGGCUGACCAAGCUGGAGAAGUCAAAUAUCCUUACAGAUGAGGAGACGCACACAAACCCUAUAACGUCAGUCUGUGAAGAUGUCUGGGAGACUUGCACAGGCACCACUGAUGCUAUGUAGAUCAAUGUUUAGUGAAAAAAUCUUUUGAAUAAGGACCAGGACAGUUUGUUUCAGUGUUCUGUACCUACAACAGGCACUGCUGAUUCAGUGCUGUUUGGACUCUUGCAUCUGAUAUGUAAAUGUAAACAAAAAGUAAAAUUGAGUGUCAAACAAUUAA